AUGACGAGUGAAAGCAGUUUUGUGCAACCUGCAAUUCCAAGGUUCGAUGGACACUACGAUCAUUGGAGCAUGCUCAUGGAGAAUUUCUUGCGCUCCAAAGAAUAUUGGAGCUUAGUGGAGACUGGGAUUUCUGCAGAAGCAGAUGAGAGUAAUCUCACAGAUGAACAGAAGAAGACUAUUGCUGAUCAAAGGCUAAAGGAUUUGAAGGCUAAGAACUAUUUGUUCCAGGCCAUUGAUCGAGCAAUCCUGGAGACGAUAUUGAAGAAAGAUACCACAAAAGACAUCUAG